AUGACAUCACUCAAGAAGAAGAGUAGGAGGAAGCCUUCUUCCCAGGCCCUGGGGAAUAUUGUUGGCUGCAGAAUUUCUCACGGGUGGAAGGAAGGUAAUGAGCCUGUCACCCAUUGGAAGGCCAUCAUUCUAGGUCAACUGCCAACAAACCCUUCUCUUUAUUUGGUGAAGUAUGACGGAAUUGACAGUGUCUACGGACAGGAGCUCCACAGCGAUGAGAGGAUUUUAAAUCUUAAGGUCUUGCCUCACAAAGUAGUUUCUACUCAGGUGAGGGAUGUCCACCUCGCCAGCGCCCUGGUUUGCAGAGAGGUACAACACAAAUUUGAGGGGAAAGAUGGCUCUGAGGACAACUGGAGUGGGAUGGUGCUAGCCCAGGUGCCAUUCUUACAGGACUAUUUUUACAUUUCCUACAAGAAGGAUCCGGUCCUCUACGUCUAUCAGCUCCUGGAUGACUACAAGGAAGGUAACCUCCACAUCAUUCCAGAGACCCCUCUGGCUGAGGCGAGAUCAGGUGAUGACAAUGACUUCUUAAUAGGUUCCUGGGUGCAGUACACCAGAGAUGAUGGAUCCAAAAAGUUCGGAAAGGUUGUUUACAAAGUUCUAGCCAAUUCUACUGUGUACUUUAUCAAAUUUCUUGGUGACCUACAUAUCUAUGUCUAUACUCUGGUGCCAAAUAUCACUUAA